AUGGAACUGCAGUGUAUACUCGGAUUGAAGUGCAAUGACUUUGCAAUGAUUGCCGCUGACCAGAUGGUCAUCAACAGCAUAAUUGUGAUGAGUGAUGUUCAUGAAAAGAUCUUCAAAAUCAACGACAAAAUGAUAAUGGCCGUGGUCGGCGAGCACGGUGAAACGCAGCAGUUCGUCAACUACCUCAUGAGGACCAUACAUUUGUACCAAAUUCGGAACAAUUACUCGUUGGACAUUGACGCUGUAGCCCACUUUGCUAGGCGGAAUUUAGCUGAUGCUAUGCGUAGAUCAAGAUCAUACAACGGCGCCCUCCUAGCCGGCUACGAUGAAAAAGAGGGUGGACAACUAUAUUUCCUCGAAGGUCUGGGAGUGAGUCUACAGACGCCGUUCGCGUCGAUAGGCCUAGCUGGCAUGCUGAGCUUGGGCGUCCUGUCUGGGUAUCACAAGCCAAACCUAACAGAAGCAGAAGCCUACGAGGUACUAAAACUGGCAACACAAGAAAUCCAGCAACGUUUCAUUGUACAGUUACCUAAGUUCCAAGUGUCCGUGGUAUCUAAAAAUGGCGUCAAGCAGUUGCCUACAUUACAGCAUGGAUCUUAA